UCUAUUAAGACUUAACGAUAAAUUUAAUCGCAUAGAAUGACAACUUUGCCUAAAAUUAUAAAGUUUCACAUUUCAAAUUUGAUUAAAUUAUUCGUAGUUUUUAAAUAACGUAUAAAACAUAAUAUAAUUAUAUUGAAAUACAAAUUUUACAGACACGUAUAAAAUGAGGACAACACAGAUCGAACCAUAUAAUAAAUAUAAGAUAUAUUCUGAUGUCAAUCCUCCAAAGUAAUAAUAACACACUUAAAAUUUCUAAGGCGAUGAAAAUGAAAAGUAACGAAAUAUAAGUCUCGCUCGAAUCUGUUUUCUUGUAAAAAUUUAUCAUGUUUCAAUAGACUAUAUAAACAAAAGCUGGAGCCGAAAAUAGCUCUUUUCUAAUUAUUUUGAAAUAACGAUCCUUUGUAGUCGGUUUAAAGUGCUACAAGUCAUACGGCAAUUUAAAUCCCAUCCAUAUUAUGCAAAUUUUACCAUUAAACACGAAAACAAAUGAAUGAUAGACACUCUAUCUAAAUAUGUAGAUGGUUACACAGAAUAUAGUGUGAAUAGUAAAGGACCAAUUAUUGAAAAACUGUUUUCUAAGUGAAAUGUUAUGCUAUCUUGAUUAUUGUCGGAAAGGCAUGUAAUUCUCAUAAAACUUUAUUGUAGGUUAUCCUAAGCAAAACAUAUUUUUAACACUAGGCAUGACAAAAAUACAUGAUAACUUAAAAGGGAUAUGCGUAGAGAACCAUUAAAAGGCCACAGAACAGUGUUUUGUAAUGACGCAAAUGUAAAAUUCAUAUCAAGAAAGUAUUCCAAAAUAACUGUGAAAUUCCUUUUUAAACAAAAAUGUCAAUUAUGAAUACAUUUUCACACAUCGUUUAAUUGACUAAACUUGAAAAGUUGGAAUAUGUUGAAAAUGCUACAGAUUGAUAGAGCAAUUGAUAAUAAAUGAAUAAUUUAAGAAAUGUAAGUAGCGUGUACGAAUUAUUCUCUGAUGAAAGUAGCGCAUAUAAACAACUUUGUAGCUUUGCAAUAGCACAGAAUAAUGAUUGGAAAUCAAUUUUUUUGAAAGGUAUGAAACAUGUCGUUUCUUUUGAGUAAAGAUGUUUUAUAAGUUGUUGUUAUAUGCAUUUCAAUAAUUCUUAAUAAAUAAUACAUUUUAAAACAAAAUUCCUGGAAUUAGUACCGAGUUUUAUAUGCAUUUCAAUAAUUCUGUACGUAUGCAUUUAAUGCCACCUUUUCGACAAAUUUGAAUAAAUAAUACAUGUACAUUUUAAUACAAAAACACUGGAAUUAGUACCAAGUUUUAUCUAAUAUAUCGUGUCAAAUUAAAUGACUUUUAAUAUUAGAAGUAGAGCUAGUUUAAUUUCAAAAUUCAAAGCAAAUAGGAUAUAUGCAUCUGUGUGCAUCACGUAGGCUGCUGCUUCAAAAACGUAACGUAUUUAUUGGAACACUUAUCUUUUAAUAUUUUAGAUACAAUUACUUAAUACGGGACAUUUCUCAAAUGACUUUGAGUCACUGUUUCAUCUAAAUGCAGGAUGUAAGCCAGAGUGAACUGGUAUUCUGUCAAUUUAUUAUUUAAAACUUAGUACAAAUGUACCUUGUAAUUUUUUGAUUUGGAACAGGAGCAAAGCCAAGCGACUUAGAAGAUGUACAUUUACAAGCUUUUACUUGCCGUUGUGUUAGCCUGUGUCUUGAAUGAAGGUUUAGCAUGGUGGGGCGAAAGUAGAAGAAGCUCAUCCCGUGGGGGCACCAGCAGGAGAAGCAGCAGCGGAUCUAGCUCAAGCCGGCGAAGCUCGGGAUGGUUGGGUAGACGUAGAAAUCAACAAUCAAAUCCCGCUCAUAUGAAGGAAGUGAUAGAAGGAUACGAAGGGAUGAAUUUAAAAACAUACGAUGCUCAACCGAAUAAUUCAAAAGUUAAUGACACGACCAUAGGAAUAGGGUUUAAUUUAAACAGAGAUGAUGCCAAGAAAACGUUUGAGAUGGGGUUGAUUUCAACAAGGUCAAGUCGGGAAAGCAAACAAUAACGGAAGACCAAGCUCGUGCUCUAUUCAAUCAUGAUAUUGAAAACAUAUAUGAACAACGAGCAAGAAAUGAAGUGGGAAAAGAUGUUUACGACAAACUGCCGUCCAAAGUAAAAACGGCGAUUGUGAAUGCAGUCUACAGGGAAGAUCUAAGACCCAAAACAACAGAUUUGAUCAAGCAGGGGAGAUGGGAUAAAGUUGGGAAGGAAUAUCUUGACCAUAAGCAACAUAAGAAUGUGGACAAGAUGGGGAUACCUUGUGGAAAGAAAAGAAUGGACUGGAACAAAAAGCAGUUUGAUACCAUGAUAAAACCUUCAUAAAACAAGAAAAGCAAAUUAAAAUAUAAUUUGAUGGGAACAAAGAACUGUUUAAUACCGUGAUAAAACUUUGAUAAAACAAGAAAAACAAAUAUAAAUAUAAUUUGUAACUAUGAGUAGAUGGGAACAAAGAACAGUUUGAUACCAUGAUUGAAUAUGAAAAUCAUGAUCUAUAAUACUUUGAUUUGAUUUGUUGAUAUUGUGGAAUUAUAUGAAAUAAAAAUAAGUGAAAGCA